CAGUGGAGGCGCUCAGAGCGGAAAGGUCGAGGAAGAAUAUAAACAUAUUUCCACCACAGCUAACAGUGACACUGACCAGCUGUAACCAUGAAAUAAGGCACUGGCAGCUUACUUUUUAACUAAAUUAAAACCAGAAAAUGUGGCGGUUAAACAAAGUUCGACAUAAAGCUGGUCGACAAGGAGACAGUUUGGAGGAGCUCAGACUGCAGAGACGAGAACACGAGAGAACACUGAGACAGGCCCGCAGAGACAGACAGCUUGUGAGCAAGAGACUCCUGCUGAAUGAAGAUGAGGAGCAGCAAGACAUCAUCAUGGACACAACCCCAGGAGAACAGGACGUGGUCAGUUUGGUCCACAAACUUCAACACAGCGGCCCAGAGAAGGAGGCCAACCUGAAGGCUUUGAGUAAAGCUCUGCAAGACCCAUCAGCACAGCUCGCCUUCGUCAAGUUGGAGAACAGUGUGCAUCUGCUGGUCGGUCUCCUCACCAGCUCCAAUGCUCAGUGUCGUCUGCAGGCUGUUCGGUGUCUUCAUGAACUGUCGCAUUCCCCUCAAAACGUGGCGCCAGCCUGUCUGCCUGCCACCUCCUACCUGCUCACCUACCUGUCUGGUCCGAGCACCAAAUUCACAGAACUGUGUCUCUACACACUUGGUAAUAUAUGUCCGGACAGUGAUGUUGUAAAAGAGAAGCUCCUGGCCCAGGGGAUCAUACCAGCUCUGGCUACCUGUAUGGAGAACCAGAGACAUAACCUUGCAGUGGUGGAAGCUGUGGGCUUCACCCUCUCGCAGCUCCUCCAGACCAAAGAUGCAGCAGAGAAAAUAAUCCCGAUGGUCCUGGCCUCCACUUUAUCUUCAAACUUGUUAUCAGUCUUGACUCCGGACCCAGAGUUCGGCCUGGCUCCUGCCAUUGAGUGUGCGUGGUGUCUGCACUACCUCACAUGCAGCUCUGAGGAUAACAGGGAGCUGCUGUCUCGAGGUGCAUUGGUUCAGUGCAGUUCCUUGUUGGUGUCACUAGGCCGCGCUGUAGCAGAAGGAAAAGAUGAAGGACUGGAGCUGCUUGUCUGUCCUGUACUGAGAUGUGCUGGAAACCUCCUGUCCUCCUGCCCGGUGGAAGAUCUGAGCACUCAAGUGGGCGACGUUCACCUGGUGGUCGCUCUGUGUGGACUUGUUCAGGCCUACCUGCACACUCAGCCCGCUUUGGCCAGAGAGGCUGCCUGGGUCCUCAACAACCUCACAGCUCACUCCAGUGAAUUCUGCUCUGCUCUUUUGACUCUCAACUUGGUCCCAAGACUGCUCCAGCUUCUGCCUUUCUCUCAAGGCAUCAACACUAUGAUACUCAGGAUUCUCGCAAAUAUUGCCCACAAGAAACAGGAGUUCUGCAUCCAGCUCACACAGCUUGGGUUGCUGUCUGCGCUCUGUGCCACACUUAAAAUGGCCGAGCAGGAAAUGGUGACCCUGAGUCUGGAUGUGCUGUUCAUGCUGGUGGUUAGUAGUCCACAGGUGGCAGCAGAGUUUGUUUAUCAAGGUGGGCUCUCACUGUUAGAAGCCUUUCAGUACAACGGUGAAGGAGAGAGGAGGCGAAGGGCAACAUAUCUGCUGGAGCAACACCUGCUGUCCUACUAACACUAGUCAGCACUAACGCUCACUUAGUUUUGUUCCCUUUUUUUGAAUCUGUAGUAUGUCUGGACUAAAAGUGACUGAUGUGAGCUGCUAUGUCAGAGGUGGACAAUAUGCUGGGUCCCUGAACCAUUAGAAAUAUAUCGACAAUUAUGCGGACACACCUGAAGAUACAAGACAACUUCUUUGUCAGGGGUUUUCCGGCUAUUUAAGGCCUGCCCUCAAGUGUUUUUUAGCCAGCGCCACAAUGAGAAAAACUGAGAAUUUUAAAGAAUACAUAUUUAUAAACCACUUCAGUUGAUUUAGGUCACAUUCACUCAAACAUACCAGACAUUUAUUUUAUCAAAUGGUCAAAAAUAACAGGAAUAUACAUCAAAUUCUGUCAAAAGGUGGUCACGUAAACUUACUAUAUGCAGUCCAACCAUGGUUAUUGUUAUAGUCACCUCCCCAAAGACCCAUUCUGAGCAGGAAAAUUCCUGGUGUGUGCUCUGACUUGCGUGCAUUUUAGAGUCUUUAUAAUGCUGACAGAUGGACAUUGUUCCUGUAUUUAAACAAAGAUUGUAAUUAGUGACCAUAGUUGGAACUAAUAGUGUUUUGAGAUGAAAUACAUUUUUGACUUGCAUAACAUUAAGCACUGAGGCUGGUUGCAGUAUGUAUGUAAAGUACUUGUCUGUGAAGUGUGUGUCUAAAAUUGUAUUAGUACUUAGAAAUAACUUUUCCGGUUGAGAGUGAAGAACAGUGGUGAGUGUUUGCUCUUUGAAGUCACACCUGCUAUAUGUUUAGGGAACGUAUGUAUGUAUGUAUGCGACGAGAUGUAAAUAUCAAGAAUGAGGGUAAAGCACAACCACCUUUUUUAAAGCAAUUCAUGCAUUCUUUAAAUAAAUAUACUGCAAAUGUGA